GCUUAGGAGAAGCGCCUUUGCUCUUUCUUGCUCGAGGCUGUUGGAAAACGAUCGGAGGGCGGCACAGCGAGAGCUCCCUCGAGGUCCUGCCUUGGGUUACCAGCCCCUGUGCUCAGCUUUCAGGCAGAGGAUCUGCUGCCCUCCUUUCCGCUCUCAAACUCUUUCAGCUACUUGCGUGUCAUCUGUUGCCACCCAUCGAUGUCAAGAUGACUAAGCUGGGAUUUUUGCGGUUGUCCUAUGAGAAGCAGGACACGCUGCUGAAGCUUCUCAUUCUGUCCAUGGCUGCUGUGUUGUCAUUCUCCACUCGUCUCUUUGCCGUCCUGAGAUUUGAAAGUGUCAUCCACGAGUUUGAUCCGUACUUUAAUUAUCGGACUACCCGGUUCCUUGCUGAGGAGGGGUUUUAUAAAUUCCAUAACUGGUUUGAUGACCGGGCCUGGUACCCAUUGGGCCGAAUCAUUGGUGGAACGAUUUACCCAGGCUUAAUGAUCACCUCUGCUGCAAUCUACCACGUACUCCAUUUUUUCCACAUCACCAUCGACAUUCGGAAUGUCUGUGUGUUCCUGGCCCCUCUCUUCUCUUCCUUCACCACCAUCGUCACGUACCACCUUACCAAAGAGCUCAAGGAUGCGGGGGCUGGACUUCUUGCUGCUGCCAUGAUUGCUGUAGUUCCUGGGUAUAUCUCCCGAUCUGUAGCUGGCUCCUAUGAUAAUGAAGGAAUUGCCAUCUUUUGCAUGCUACUCACUUACUACAUGUGGAUCAAAGCAGUAAAGACUGGUUCCAUCUAUUGGGCAGCCAAGUGUGCCCUUGCUUAUUUCUACAUGGUCUCUUCAUGGGGAGGCUAUGUGUUCUUGAUCAACUUGAUCCCUCUCCACGUGCUGGUGCUGAUGCUCACGGGACGCUUCUCCCACCGGAUCUAUGUGGCCUACUGCACUGUCUACUGCCUGGGCACCAUUCUUUCCAUGCAGAUCUCCUUUGUGGGUUUCCAGCCUGUCCUCUCAUCAGAGCACAUGGCAGCCUUUGGGGUCUUUGGCCUCUGCCAGAUCCAUGCCUUUGUGGAUUAUCUGCGCAGCAAGUUGAACCCACAGCAAUUUGAAGUUCUUUUUCGAAGUGUCAUCUCCCUGGUCGGCUUUGUCCUUCUCACCGUGGGAACUCUCCUCAUGCUGACAGGAAAAAUAUCUCCCUGGACGGGGCGUUUCUACUCACUGCUGGAUCCUUCUUACGCGAAGAACAACAUCCCCAUCAUUGCUUCUGUGUCUGAGCAUCAGCCUACGACCUGGUCUUCAUACUAUUUUGACCUGCAGCUUCUUGUCUUCAUGUUUCCAGUUGGUCUCUAUUACUGCUUUAGCAACCUGUCCGAUGCCCGGAUUUUCAUCAUCAUGUAUGGUGUGACCAGCAUGUACUUUUCAGCUGUCAUGGUGCGUCUGAUGCUGGUGCUGGCACCUGUUAUGUGCAUUCUUUCUGGCAUUGGAGUCUCCCAGGUACUGUCCACCUAUAUGAAGAAUCUGGACAUCAGUCGUCCAGACAAGAAGAGCAAGAAGCAACAGGAUUCUACCUACCCUAUUAAGAAUGAAGUGGCAAGUGGGAUGAUAUUGGUCAUGGCUUUCUUUCUCAUUACCUACACCUUUCAUUCAACCUGGGUGACCAGUGAGGCCUACUCUUCUCCCUCCAUUGUGCUGUCUGCUCGUGGUGGGGAUGGCAGUAGAAUCAUUUUUGAUGAUUUUCGAGAAGCGUACUAUUGGCUUCGUCACAAUACUCCAGAGGAUGCUAAGGUCAUGUCAUGGUGGGAUUAUGGCUACCAGAUUACAGCUAUGGCGAAUCGGACGAUUUUAGUGGACAAUAACACGUGGAAUAAUACCCAUAUUUCUCGAGUAGGGCAGGCAAUGGCAUCCACAGAAGAAAAAGCCUAUGAGAUCAUGAGGGAGCUUGAUGUUAGCUACGUGUUGGUCAUAUUUGGAGGUCUUACUGGGUAUUCCUCUGAUGAUAUCAACAAGUUUCUGUGGAUGGUCCGGAUUGGAGGGAGCACAGACACAGGCAGACAUAUCAAGGAGCAUGAUUAUUAUACUCCAACAGGGGAAUUCCGUGUGGACCGGGAGGGUUCUCCAGUGCUGCUCAACUGCCUUAUGUACAAGAUGUGUUACUACCGCUUUGGACAGGUGUACACAGAAGCCAAGCGUCCACCAGGUUUUGACCGUGUGCGGAAUGCUGAGAUUGGGAAUAAAGACUUUGAGCUUGAUGUCCUGGAGGAAGCUUAUACCACAGAGCAUUGGCUAGUAAGGAUAUACAAGGUAAAGGACCUGGAUAAUCGAGGCUUGUCAAGGACAUAAACAUUACGUCCAGCUCUGAUAUGCUUCGCACUGAGCGCGUCACAUUUAGGACGCUGAAGAUGUUUUUAAAAUAUGCAGUUUAUAAGAACGGAGCACGAUGGGAUUAGAAUUGUCUGGAAGUUUUGCCCUGGGUAAUAUGGGCUGGGCCAAAUGCAAUGAUUUUUUUUUUUAUAAUUCUGAGAGGUUACCAAAUGAAAUGUCAUGGCUUUACUUUGGUCAAUUAAAGGGAGGGAAUUUUUUUUUUUAAUGUGCCUUAUUUGUUUUUAUUUUUGACUGAUUUGAGGAAGGCAGAAGUUUAUGCUGGGCUGAUAAAAGGACAGAAAGCAGGCCUCAUCCCUGUUUUUAGCUUCCUAAAUCAGCUAUGUAGGGGCAUACUGUCUUUAUCAAGUCAGGAAAACUUCAAGGGCUGGGUCCGAUCCUACAUAUACAAACAAUUUUGUCAUUUCAAAAAUUACAGCACUGAGCACAAUGCCGUGCACAUAGUAGGUGCUCAAUAAACUUCUAUUGAAUGAAUAAUGUGGGACUAGAGGAGUGCCAUUUCUGGGUAGGAAAGGCAGCGGUGUUGCCAUCACGUCUCUGUUCUCAACAUAUCUCAUCCUUGGGAGCUCCAACUUUAUGAGGGAGAGAAGGUGGCUAGCCAGACCUGAUCUCUAUUCUUUGGGACUAGCUAGGUGGUUUUUUUCUUAUUUUUUUUUUUCAUUCUUUUUUUAGCAGGAAUAAAUCAAGUGAGAAUAAAUCAGCAGUUUUGAAGAUUCAAGGCAGAGAGUUUAUUAUUAUUCUGAUUCUCAGUGGAGGAAGAAACUCCUCCAACAUUAUAUAUACAACUUGAUGUUUAAUAGGUAUUUUUGAAUCAGCUGAAAUAUAAUCAUGCAUAUCUGUUUGAAAUCCAGCUCUUUAGUACUCUCACUUAUCCAUGAUAUAGUAAAUGUGUCUUUGCUCAUUUCCUUUAGUUUAGGCACUAAAACUCUAGUGGUUAUUUAAGGCGAGCUAUUUUAUCCCUUAGUCUCUGUCUAUUUGUUGUUAUUAUGUACCAUACCACUAACAAUCUCAACAAUCUGGUUUUGAAGUCCUUGCCAAAUAAGCUAUACUAGUAAGUUAGAAGGAGGAAUUGCUAUCAGUAGUACCUAGAGAGCAGGCCUAGCCUGACUACAAUAAAGGGGAAGAGAAAAAUUUUAACUCAAAGCACAGUAAUCCUAUGGAUACUAUUUAAUGUCGGGAUAAAUAUUAAAUGUUCAAUACAGUAGGACACUAUGUAUCUUAUAACACAGGACAUAUACAGUGAAGUAUAUAAACCAUAAGUCAUUAAAAAAAUACACAAGGUAACUGUUUAGUGUUACCUGUUGAAGAAACAGGAGCAAGUACAUGGCUUUUAGAUAAGUCCAAAUGGUGCUCCUGGAGGGUAUGCUCAGGUAUACUUACGUACCCAGGAAACUUAACCUUCCAAACCAGUUUAUAUACCAAGUGCUUUAACUGUGAGAUUUAGUUUUGAUGCAAUAUAUGAGUUACUGUACGUAAAUACAUUACUUGAUUUAUAUACAGAAUUCCUCCCUACUGAAAGAGGUUAUUCUGAGGCUUGUUUUAUUUUUUAAAAUUUCUUUUUACCAAUAUGAAUAAUACCAUUUAGGGAUCAUUAAUGGUCUUUCUCUAUAGUAAUAUGGGAUAACCCUUUAACUUAUCACUGUAGUUGUUGCUUUGGUGAUUCUAAUGUUGUUACUUCCUAGGCUGCAUGAAGCUGUCUUUUUGAAAAAUUAACUUUUUCACUGUUACACUUUUUUACACUUAGUGUAAAAAAAACUCAAUUCUAAAAAGCAACAACAGUUUUCCACUCCCUGGGGGCAACCACUUUGAACUCUGCUGAUUCUCACAUUACUUAACCUCCAUCUCAUUAAAUAACUUGCCUUAUUUUGCCAUGUGUUGGUUUUUCUAUCUUAGGAGUAUCAUCUGUUGACUUUCUGGUGUGGAAAUUGAAGAUUUAGCUCUUUUUCACCAUCCUGCUAUUCCCAUGGACCACUUUAAGGUUCUAAAAUAUCGGUUAGCUCCGUAGUUUUUACCUUAUGGCUUUUUAUAACUAGGCCAUGGGGUAUACUGUUGCUACUUUGUUUUAUCCCUGCAUAACUUUUUUGGAGGGAGUUUUUUCAUUGUUUUUUUUUUUUGUAUUUGUCACUAAUUUCUCCCCAAGCUCUCAUUCACUUGUUUCAAGUUUCUUUUAAUAUGCUCAGACUCAUUGGGUAUGUCUUAGAGAUGUCUUGUUUUGGUAUGUACAAGUUUGAUUUAUUCUUUACGUUUGUUACACAUCUCUUUAGUUGGUAUAUCCUUUCACUGUCAUGUUAUGUAUGGUAAUCUGAUUUCUUUCUUUUUUUGUCACCUCUAACUGCCUCCCUGAGAAAGUGUGUGGGAGAUAAAUUUCUUGAGAUCUUGCAUGUCUCACAUCACAGUUAACAGGUUGGCUAGGUAUAGAGUUCCAGGAUGUGAAAACUUUUCCUUAGAAUUAUUUUGAAGUCAUUGGCCCAUUGUGUUUUCUCUUCUAAAUGCUGAGAAAUGCAAUGCUGUUCUAACUUUUUUGCAUGAGUCCAUUCCCUCUCACUUCCACCCCCAGACCUCUUAGGGUCUUCUCUGCAUGUAAUGUUUCGAAUUUUCCCGAUGAUGUGUCUUAAAGUGGUUCAUCCAUUGUGCUGGGUACUUUAAACUUUUAAGUCUGGAAAGUCAAGUUCUUUAGUUCUGAGAAAUAUCCUUAUUUGUGGAUUUCCCCUAAUUCUCUUUCUCUUUCUGAAAAAUAAGCUAUUUGGAUGCUGGACUUCCUGGACUAAUCACCCAAUAUUCUUAUUCUGUUUUCCAUCUAUAUGCUCUGUUCUGGAAGAUUCCUUGAAAAAUAUUUUUUGCAAUCUGUGUAGUUUCCCUAUUUUCUGCUAUCACAUUUUUUAAUGUCCAAGAAGUGUUUUUCUGUUUUGUUGAAUUUUCCUUUGUUUUGACAUCUUUCAUAUUAAAGGCCUUUACAAAUU